UUAUUCCAGUGGAUUACAAAAAACUAUUAAUGAAAAUGGAUGGCUGACGGGAAAAGGACAUUCAUGAAAAGAUUAACUAAAGUAGUUCGGUCUGGGCAUGGGGGGAGAAUGGGUAGCAUCAGUGCCAAGGAAGAGCCUGUUAUAACAGAUCGUUUGAAGGCCGAGGACUUUGUUUUUACAAAGGUUUGUACCGGUAUCACUGAUCACGAUAGUUUGUUAAUAAGCAGUCGAGCACGAACGCAGAGUUCAACAAAUUUAACACAUCUUUGUGUUUGAUUUUUAUUUUUGCAGACUUUUCGUUAUGGCUUUCCGUAUCAACCAACUUGUAUUGCAUACGAUCCUGUUCAGAGUAUUCUCGCUCUUGGAGCUUUCGAUGGCUCUCUUCGCCUGUAUCCUUAUAUACUGUAAUUUAUCUGCAGGACGCUUGCUAGCUUGACUUAAUUAAUUUGCUGACGUACAUCGCUUCAGUUGAACUUGUGAGGUUUAAGGCUUUGUACAUCUCUGUAAUAAAUAGCACGUUUACUAAGUGUGUUUUCUCUUUUUCUUAUUCAGACUACAAAUGUUUACAUGUAUAAUCAAUGUUUAAAGAACAAGUUUACGAGUUUGUUUUUUGGUUUAUUUGUUUCUAUUUAUAUUCAAAAGAUGUUACGUUGUCGACUUCUGCGACAAUUACUAGCCGGAUAUAAGCUUUCAUCGGUGUUGCCAUUGUGAAUGCUGCACGUCGUGGUAUAGUUCAUGAUUAUUUUUUUCUUGGUAGCUUUAAACUGAUGCAAGGUAUAGAUUUCUCAAUGCUUAUGUGUGAUAAUUUUCUUUCAUUAAGCAUAGACCAUGUUUUCAGGCUAAACUUGUUCAUCCCAUGCACCGAUGAAAUAUUAGGGCAAAGAAUCGAUUCGCGCCUUGAAUUAUAGUUUUGGAACGUUUCUCAUUUAUUUUUGUUACGUUGCUUGUCUCCUACUUUAUGGUCUAGUCAACAGACACACUACCAAAACUGAGGCCAAAGACUCAUCGCUAGUCCUUGACUGUUUCUGAAUUAGAUUGGGACGAGCUGGUGUGGAAUGCCACGUUCAACAUGACAGUAGUGCCGCUGUCAGAGAACUUAUAUUCCUCAUAAAUGAGGUGAUAAACACUUGUUCUUCUUUAUUUGUCGAUGACACACUGUCGUUUUAUCCUAAAAGUAUCAUGCUCUUGCAUACAUUCUUUAGAUAAUUAUCUAAAAUAAUGUGUCUCAGACACAAAGGUAUCAUCAUGCAUGCAUUACUGCUCUGCAUUUUAAGCAAGUUUAGUAAAUUUUGCAGUGAAUUUUGGUUCAGUGAGGAUGACAGUCCUUUUUCAUCUUGUAUACUAAUGUCCUGCACAUUGAAUUUCAUCCUUACACUCUUAAAAAUAAUUAACAGGAAAGUUUGUUUAUUUCUAUUAAUAUGCAUGAAAAAAAUUUCACGCAUCUUAUUGGCUAAAAAAAAAUGCAUUUUUAGGUAACAUGAGUGCAGUUUUAACACCAGUGCAAAUAAAGUCAAGAUUGAUUCAAUUUUAGCACACUUGCUAAAAUUUCAUUUGUCUUGACUCUCUGUGAUGCAUUUUUCAUUUAAAUUAAUAACAAGUAAUAACAUGAUUUCUUGCAUAAUUAAGCACUUGUAAAUCUUUCAAAGACUUCAAAUUGCACUUGCCCUUAUUACUUGUGCUUAACACCAAUUUUCACCCAAAAUCAUGUUGUCACCUAUACAAACUAUCUGUUGUCUUAACUAUGUAAUUAAAUUGUCGGGAGAAGUUCCAUUUUUCACUUACUUCUCCUAAAUGUUAAUUUUUAUCCCCAUAACUUCUAUGAGCAACCAAGACAGAAUUUUCCCUUUAUAUCAAGCAGAAUAGUGAUUAGAAUGAAGUUAUAUAUCAAUUAGGAGGUUACUAGUUGAUUCAAUAUCAAAUUCUCUGAACUAACAACAUAAAAAAUGUACAUGGCAGAUAGUAAUGAGAGUGGAAUGGGUGAUUUAACUAUGAACAUCACCAUGGGAAUCUAUGUGAAUCCCCAAUUUGAGUCAAUAUAUUUGUACUGUCUAGAUCUAAUUUAAUUACGACCUUUUUUUGUUUUUGUGUUUGACUUAAUAUUCUUUUUUUCCAAGGGAGCUUUGAUAAGUCUUUGUGAAGAUGACUACAUUCACUUGUGGAAUUUGCGACAAGCCCAACCUGCUCUUGUGCAAUCCUUGCGGUUUAAUCGUGAGAAGUAAGUUUACAAACUUGUGUUAAAGACAGUUUCAAUUUCUGAAAUAAAUCUAUGCUUGCAUGGUAGAACAGAGGGAGAAUAUGGGCCCUUGGUUUUUCUUUGCAUGAAAAGAUGGUAGUCAAAAUUUAUCAUGUACCUCAUACAUGCUUGUGUAAUGAUAGCCUCAAAGAGGCAAGAGUUUGAUCAAGGGUUGGGCCUAGAUACCAAGCAUAGACACUUAGGGUCCCUUUGCACUUUUGGAUCUGCUGGUGAAUUAGUAAGCUUGCAUACAUUGUACAAUCAUUUACAUCCACAAAUGUGAAGAGAAUGGGGUAUAUAUUCUGUAUUUAGCCAGAAUUUUGAGGAAAAGGAGGUAAUUUUGAGAUGUGGAAAGCACCUGUUGUCAUGGUAUGUAAAAUGGCCCCCUAUAUGUUAAAUUGUUUAACCCUUAACUUCCAAGAUCUUAUCGUUAACUCUCCUUACUCUCUUCCACAAAAUUCCUAUGAUGUUUGUCUUGAGAAUGUGGUAUUGUAUCAACUAGUCCUGGAUUGAUAUUUUUCUUUAUUGUUAUCACUUGUCUGCAUGAUAUUGUAUUGACACUGUUAUGAGAAAUUUUUUCUUGGUCACUCAUGGGAGUUAAAGAAUUAAACCUGAAUGUUAAACAUGGGAAUCUUGUAGCAUCAUGCCUAAGUUUAGAUAGAGUGUAACCCUUCCACAAUGUUCUUGAAGUGCAAAAUGUCCUGUGUUGUGAUUUCAGAACAGUUGCUAAUUUUGUUGUUUCUUCCAUGUUCAGAUUAACGUGCAUGCACCUUCCAUUUUCUUCAAAGUGGCUGUAUGUUGGUACAGAAAAGGGAAAUAUUCAUGUUGUAAAUAUUGAGAGCUUUGAGCUAUCAGGAUACACAAUAAAUUGGAAUAAAGUAAUUGAAAUGUGAGUACUGUUACACUUUAAAAAAAUUACAGAAACAAUAGCAUCUUGAAUAUUUCAGGUUGGUUAUAAUUCCAAGUUUUGAAAUGGUUUUCUGUUUUGGUUGAUUGGUUUGUUUCAUUAUGUUCAUUGGCUGGUUUAAAGAACUUAAACCACCCUUGUAAAUAGAAUAAAAAAGAUGGUAUGUUUUAAAGCUUGGUAAGAAAUAGUGAAAGAUAUUUUUUGUCUUGUCAUGAGCAUGGGACAAAGAAAAAAUUCUGAGUCCUCAUGAGGAACUGGAAUUCUGGAAUUCUUAGUCUUCAUGGGGACUCUAUUUUUUUCUGUCCCACACUUGUGACAAGAUGAAAAAUAUCUUUCACUAUUUCUUACUGAGCUCAAAACUUACCAUCUUUCCUAUCCUAUUUACAAACAUGACGCUAUGGACAUUGCUAAUCCAGCAGUAUGCAGGAUGUGUGUCAUAUGAACCUCAUUACAGACCUCCUUCACCAUUGAGUCCUUCUGGCUCAGUGGUAGAGAAUUGGAGACCUUAAAUGUGUGAUUCAGGUGUGAUGUCAUAAUUGCUCAUGCUUCGUUAAUUUUCAAAUUAUAUGGAACAAAGUAAGAAACAAAUAGAACUUGUUUCAGAUUUUGACAUAAAAGAGAGGCCAUUUUAGGAAUUUAUUUGAUUUUUUUUUCUGGAAUGUCGUUUGUAGAAAAUGUAAGUCCCACCCAGGUCCAGUUGUACAUAUAAGUGGUAAUCCAGUGGACCCAAAUAAGGUAGGAGCCAAUGGUCAGUUACUCUCUGCAGCCCUACUACAUCACAGAAUUCAUGUGGUCAAGGAAGUAAUACUUCUCAUCAUUUCACUCUAUUCAAGGAACUACAGUCUAUUAGAAUGUUUAUGGUACCCUUCCAUCAACAAAACACUCCUCCUCUUCAACAAAAAGAUAUCUCUGGAAAUUCCCCCCCUGCCAUUGCACUAAUUCUUUAUCAGGGGAUGUGGCAUUUUGUUCAUGUACCCACAAUCAGCAUCAAAAUUAGAAGACACUUCGUGUUUAGAGAGCCCUAUUUAGGUGUAGAGUAACCCUCCUGUUUCUAUCACACUCUAAAUCAUCACGAGACCCCUCCUACCCCACUCACUGUUACCUGUGGAGUGCAGUAGGAGCUAAAAGUUCAUGGAAUCACAGUGCAAUUGUUUUGGGGAAUGAGGCAGCAAGCUAAUUGGGGGUCAAGAAGGUCAAUGUGUCAACAAUUUUGCUGCCAGUUGUAGAUAGUAAUGGUGGGGAAGUGGGGGCAGGAAAGGUUUAUUUUUCAAUUAAUUUGCAAUAGUAGGUUACUUUCAAGCAAGUGUCUCAAACAUUUCUGUCAAAUGUUCUGGACUAGUAGUACGUGUGUAUGGAUUGUAUGCUGGAUCUAAAGUUUUUAUGUUUAGUUCAUUUAUAUUUACUGUUUGAUAGAUUCAUGCUACAAAUAUUGAUCCCUUUUUGAAAUUUGUGUAUUUUUCAGUUGCUUCUAGGUUUUGAGUCUGGCACCGUUGUUGUUUGGUCCCUUAGAGGGAAGGUUGUAGAACAUAGAUGUGUCUGUUCUCAGGUGAGUUGUUAAGGGUGAAACUAAGUUAGGAUUUUUCAGUUGGGUAGAUAUUUAGAGGAAAUUACAUCAAUGACAUAUACCUCUUCACCUUGUUUCACCAUUGGCUAGAGGGUGGUUACUAACUUUUGAUCUUAAUGUUUGAUUUAGGAAUAAUAUUAUAGGAAAAAACUAGAUCCUAAUCACUGGUAGGGCCAGGUCAAAGGGAUAAUAUAAUAUUUUAGAAGAGGAAGAUCUCUGCCUUCAUAUGUGUCAGGUUGAGAAUGUAACUGCAAUGGUUCAGGCUGUAUAUACACCAGAUACCUCACUCAGACACUGACUACCUCACUCGCACUAAACAGACUUAAGAUUUUCUCUCCCAUUCCUUUUCACUUUGCUUUCCUCGAUGCUGUAAGCUUUGCUCUACUGCUGCAGUUUUUUAACUAAUUUAUCAUGAAAUAUGGCAUGUUUUUCUUCAAUCCAAAUAGCCAAUGACCUCAGCAUAUUGGUUGAAUGAUGGAAAACAGUUCAUUUGCUCUCACAGUAAUGGUACUUUAACAGUAUGGAAUCUCAAAAACAGUGACAAACCAGUUGAGACAUUAACUCCACAUGGUAAGGAAUGUUUUAGCCAGCAGGCACAUUUAAUAACUUCUAAAUGGGCAGAUCAGUCAACUUCCACAAAACCCACUUGUUCACUGUUGCAAUCCUGUACCAGAAGAUAACCUGCCCUCCUAUUUAAGCUUAAAAUCAGAGGAAAAAUCCAAAAUACCCCCUGAAAAUGUGAGCAGCCACCUAUGAGAGUGUCCAUGUGUAAGAAUGUGUAAGUUUGCUUGGAGUUUGUUAUGAAGUUCCAACCAGCUGCAAGUUAGAAGCUCACUGCUUACAAGAGUGUCCACUGAGAGAGCUCUCAGAUGUUGAUAAACAAAGCCUUAACAAUAGAUUCUAAGUCAUAGUUUGUGCACAGAAGUUCUGACAUCUUUUAAACCAAAAAAAUUUAUUGUCUUAGGUAAGAGUGACAAAGGAAGACCAUGUCAACCCAUUUUCAAGGUGCAGUGGUUGGCAGUCAGUUCAGGGUAUGUGCUUUAUUUAACCCUUUGGCUCUAAGAAGGUGACUAUAUGAAACAGUCCUUGACAAUGACAAUAAAAAUGUAAGCAGACAGUUGAUUAGAAUAAAAAAAGUUAUUCACAUGCAAUUAUGAAAUGUGUGGCCAUAAGCUGAGGUUUAAUUAAGAUGGCUAUAAAUGAUAAUAGAAUUGUAAUAUGUAAAGUGCCUUUCUAAAUGAAUGCGCCUAAAAAUGGGUAGUGUUCAAACAGUGGUCUCAAUUUUUCGCAAUGUUGGAAAAAAUGUAGUAGAACACUGUAGUCCGAGUACAAGGUUUUCAGCAAGAAUAAACUUUAUAUUUCUGUUAAGAAUUAUUAGAUAUUAUACUGGAAGGCACUCUUUCUCACCUGGUUGUGUAGUGUUUUGGUUCUACUUGCUAUGCAUUUUUUUGUCAAAUUUGGCUUGGAUGUCUCCCUACCAUCCAUUCAAAAGUUGAAUUUUCAUUUUGAAAUUGAAGAUAUUUAAUGUUUGUAUUUAUAAUACAGUUUGUGCCUUUGAUAUCCUUUAAUUUUUUAGGUCUCUAGCAUCAUAUCAGCUCAAUUUAAAUUUGUUUGCAGAGAUCCAUUGAUGAUAUUCUCAGGAGGGACGUGUAGCAGCAAGAAGAAAGCACUGACAUUAAUGCAAGGAAGUCGCUCCAUAAAAGUUCUGUGCACAGACACUGUGGUGGACUUUGUUUGUAUCAAUUCUACUCCAUGGGGAGAAGGUAACUUGCCUAAGCUUCAUGCAUUAUUGAUAAUAUUAAAUUCAUCAAAACAUGACUGAUACUAACAACAGUAUUCAUGAUCAUGUUUUUUCCUUCUUCAAAAUGUUGCUACAAAACUAACUGUUAAUUAAAAGCAAAAAAAACUAACUCCCAUCUCUUCAGUACUAAUUAAAAGAAGUUACUCAGGCUUCCUUCUUAAAAGAUGUAACAUUUCUAAAUUACCUUAAGUUAGUCACUCAGUAUUACACAGCUUCCCACCCAUACCCCAGCCAUUACCACAAUGGAUUGAUUCCAAUUCUGUGAUCAGUCUCAAAGACUAAUAAAAACAAUUACAUGUGUACUGAUAGUGCCAGGUCUUCUUCAAAGAUUGCAAAAAAACUGCAUGAAAGUAUUGAACAUUGUUACAAAGUGUCUUAAUGGAGACUGGCUGAAAUUAGCACUUGAACUUUCCUUUUAAGAAAAUAAUAUCAAGAAAAUUACAGCAGAGCUGGUGUGGCUUCUGCUUGAAGGCUUCAUUGUACACAAAUUCAAUAUUUUUCUGUGAUCAUUCUUUCACUCAUGAGGUCACCUUCCACUUUACUAACCUUUAAAAUAAGAUUCUGCAUAAGUUUUUAAGGCUCUGAGUUCAGCAUUUCAAGAAAACUCCUACACUCCUAGUGCCUUCUUCUUUCUAUUGCAGAUGUACAAGAUCCUAAAGCUGUGGUUGUGUUAACUCCUGUGAAGCUGAUGGUGUUUGACUUACUCUCAAGUUCUGCAAAGUAUGUUAUGCACAUUAAGAAUUGAUUGGGAUGGAAACUUGCUGUCAGUAGUUUGGAGUGGCUUAAACCUUUGCACAUUAACAUAAGUAUGCCUUCUCCAAACUCCUCUGUACACGUUACCUGUGGUACUGAUGAGGAGAGAACUUGUUCAGUUACGUGGAGCUUCAAAUUGGUUGAUGAUUGUUUCCUUUUAAUUAUUCUUGUGGCCCUUGUCCCUUUUAGCUGCUACACAUUUCCUUGUAUAUUGGUUAUGAAAAUUUGUCCUUAGAACGGGAAAACAACUUCUGCAUGAUAAGUUUGAGUAUUCUCAUCACCUGUUUGCUGGAUAUUGUAUGGGUAUUAAAGGGAGAAGUUAUAUUUUAAUCACUUGUGGGAAUUAAUGUUUGAUUCUGCAAUGAUACAGUAAGGAGAUGCUUGCCUCUCUCAGGGUAAAAAAUAUUUAACACUGUUUUAGAAAAAUGAUCAAUCACAUGCAACACUUUUUUGGGUCCAAUUUUCCUUAGUCAGAAACUGAAUAUCCUUUUGUGGCAAAGCAAUGUAGAAAUAAUAGGGGAGAUUCUAGGCUCUUAGAACUUGAUUUCUCUUACUGGACAUAUGGCUCUAAUAGGCAGUAUAGAUGUGAUAUAAAUCAUUCCCACUAAUGUAAAUUUAAACUGGUUUUACCCUCUUGUUGUGUGGGUAAGUUGGUUUUUAAGAUGACAGCCCUUUUGUAUCUUGAAGUUGCAAUGAAAUUCUCACUUGAUUUUGGGACAAUAAAUGUUACAGGUCUGCUGCAAUGGAAGUACCUUACACAUUCAACAUCCACGAGUCUCCAGUCACUUGUACACAAUUUUACAAUGAGUGCCCAAGGGACUUAAUUGUGGCAUUGGGGUCAACAGCUAGCAGUCGCACACGAAAAAGACAGUUGCAAAGGGGAGAAAGUACUCAGGUUUGUACCUGUUUUUGUGAUAAUCUAGUGCCCUGCAUUUUGAUCAUAUCUUAUGUUUUCUUUCAACUUUACAUGCUCUGUUGCUGCUGAAAGUAACAAUGACAGUGGACAGAAUCUUAGUUUAGUGAUCAGAAACUAUCAUAGUGAAUAGAUAAUGAAAGAUGGUAGUUUCGAGAAGCAAAGAUGUUGUUCAGUUGUCAUAAGUGUGGGACAAAGACAAAUGCCACAAGGACUUGUACUUUAUACAGUUCAAUACUCUUUACCACUGAUCCACAGAGGGUUUUUUCUAAGCUAGGCCAUAUUUGAGGUUCAUGCAAGCAUCUUUCAUACUCUUUGGAUCAGCAAUAUUGAAAAUGUCUUGACUGUAAAUUAAUAAAGAAAAAUACUAACUAUUCAGCUGAUUGGUUAGAUGAUAUUUGUCUAUUUCGUCAUUUAGUUUAAUUGUAAAGUUAUAACAUGCAAGAAAUUAAAACACUCUCUACAGCUAUCUCUUUGCAUGUUUAACGAGGUGUAUAGGAACUGUAUUUAUAUUAUAUGUCCAGGUAUUCCUGAGGUAAAUCUAAGUGUUCUGAUGGGUUCUUACUUAGUCCAUAAUUUGUCAUAUGGACUGUUUCCACAGGAAUGGUCAUAAGCCAUGUAUUUUGGUUGUGAAAGCUAGCAUAUUCAAAAGAAACAUGUUUGGUCUGAUUGCCAUGCACUAAACUGCUAAACCUUGCUUGCUUGAGCUGAUUUAGGAAGAUUGGUCCUUGGUUGUUUUUGUACAAACUUCACUGCACUUGGUCUGUACUGCCGCAACUUCGGGCCAAUAUUCCCCAGAACAACCGUUGCACUCAGUUAAUAAGAAGUUAAUCAAAUCAGUCCACAUGUUAAAAUUUUUUUUUUGUUAAGGCCUGGCCUAUAGCUGGAGGUCUUGUGGGAGAAGCUCCAGAGAAGAGCACCACUGAGCUCAUAAUUACUGGGUGAGGGUUUUACUUUCUCUGUAAAUUACACUAUAUUAAAUUCUUAAAUUUUUUCUAGAAAUGAAUUGAAUGUUGAUGACUAAUCUCUGAGACAAAGUUGAGGAGAUUAUUUCACAACAUUCACUUAGCCUGAGCUGAGGCUCUUAACUUUUUUAGUGUAAUUGUUCGCAUGAUAAAUAGUGUAAAAACGUGAAUUUUAUGAAAUUUUCUAUUCAUUGCACUUGUCAUUUGUCCAAAAAAAAAACAUAGUUUGGCAGAAAGAUCAAGCAGGUCUGUCAACUGGGAAUGACAGAAGCAAAAACUGAAUGAAACUAGAUAGUUGCAGUGCUUGUGUCAACUUCAGUUGGAAGGAAGUGUUGAGCAGGGUUUAAAUGUCUGAAGAGGAGCUAAUUGUCACCACUAUAAUCUGGAGAGUUUAGCGCCCCCCCCCCCUCUAUUAUUUUGUGUGGGGUGAUUAGAGAGAGAUGUGACAGAAUUCUCAACCAAUCAGUUGAGAGAAUGUCUAAAAUCACUUGAGUAAUCAUGAUAUGAUAUUAAAUUUACACAUGACCCUCCCUCAAUUGCAAAUGUUUACAAGUAUGUAAUUAAUUCUUUGUGGCACUGUUUUUGUUCCAACAAAAACAGUGCCACAAACCCUGAUAACCCUUGCUAUUAAUCAAAACUUUAUCCAAGAAAAUUGCAGUUAUUCACAUUCUAUAGCAUCAUGGUUAUUUAUCAUAAAAAAAACCACCUUCAUUUGUUGUAGUCAUUCUGAUGGAUCUGUAAAGUUCUGGGAAGGUUCAUCAGGUUAGUUUUACUCAAUUUAACUGUAUAAUAUUGUCAUGAUACACUAUAGCUUGGCUGGAUUAAUUAUGUUAAACCAAAGUGAUUGCAACGGCCAAUCAGAACAUAGAAAAUAGGACAAGGAGCCAAUGAGAACUCAUUUAAAAACAAACUAAAGAAACAGGAGUGACCAAGCAGGACUGUUUCUGUUUUUUGUUUUAUUUGAUUGGUGGAAAGGUUGUCGCUAGUUUCUUGGUCAUUCCUAGAAUGAAGUAAGGAAAAAACCGUUGCAAUCCCCUAUCACUUGAAACACACCCCUUAAAAUUUUCUCGCUGACUAAUGAAAGGAAGCAGGUUUAGGUGCUAAGAAAGUUAAAGUGUGGGGGAACAAACAUAUAUGGCCAAUGCAUUGCAUGUCAGCUUUCAAAUAGUGAUCUCAUCUUUCCGUCCUAUUUACUCCAACAGCGGUCUUAAAAUGUCUCUACAAACUUUCAACAAGUAAAAUUUUUGAAAAGAGCACAAAUGCAGUCGAGAGCGGUGACGCCAAUGGCCAUUCUGAAGGCAGUAGUAGCGGUGAACAUUCUCCCCCCUCCGUGGUCGACAUUGAUUGCUAUGCUGUCAACAUGGUAGAACUGUGUGUUCGAAGUCGGACACUUCUAGUGGCUGGCACCAGCCAUGUUAUAGUUUAUCAGUUCAGCCUUGUUGAAGAGACAUUAGAAUUAGUGGUAAGGUUUUGUCUGAUUUAUUUUGCUUACAUAAGCUUUUAAAACGUUGAUUAACUUAACAGUGUAAAAGCCACACAACUUUGAUCGACUUUUUCUUAUUUGGUGAAAACAACGAGAAAGUGCGUAAGGGAUUGCAAACUGAGUGUCAAGUUUGUGCAAAGCAAGAAACUUUACAAGAUUCCCGGAACUCCAGGUUAUAUUUAGCAUCGAGAGGGAGGGUAAUCUACAGUAAAUGGUUAGAACUGGAAGAAAGAGGGUUUACGAUUAACCCAAAAUGACACAUCGUUUAAAGGAAAAAUUUUCAUAGUUAACUUAUUUUACGACUUGCGGUUAAAAUAAGUCAAUUUUUACGCCCAACAGCUAAAUUUUUUCGACCGUUUUACUGCAAACGGUUACCCCAUCGAGAUCCACAAGGAACAGUCCUUUCUGUGGUGUUAUUGUCACCUGAAAGGGGGGGGGCGUUGAUUGUGAAAACGUGUAGUCCCUUUCUCAGAAGACAGUCAAAUUUGAGACUUAAUUUGUUCCCUCAGCUGUUUACAAUCACUUUACAGGAUUGACAGCCAAAACUUUUGGCCUUGAAUAAUUACUCUAUGUGAAGGUGCAAUAGUAUUAAUGCAAAGAACACCCUUAAUUUCAAUUGUCAAAAUUAGACUUCAUACAGAUUAUUCUUAGCAUUUGAUUUAGACAGCGCAAGUAGACUUAUGUAUUUUGUAUGUUCUGACACGAUGUUCUGUAAAUGGCUUUAGCAACUUGACGUCAAUCUUCUGUUUGACGCGGGUAUGGAUGGGUCACCAGACUCCGACCUGUUCAGUCCUACUGAAGAUAAAGGAGAGGGACUGGCACACAGUCCUACGCCACUCUCUAUGACUGUGAACUGUCCCACCCUAACUUGCAAAACUGGUUUGUACAAGAGAUCGCCAGGAUUCCAACCCACACUCUGUUGCAUGAUUCCAUCAGCGAGCUGUGAUAUCGUGCCUCUCAGCAACAUGGCAAUUAGCUCAGAGUUUGGAGUGUAAGUUGAAACAAACUGUUUCUUUACGUAAGAGUUCAUGAAUAUCUUGUGAUUGUCUGAUGCGUUCAUUAACGAUUUUUAUCUUAAGGUAAAAAAUAAGUGAUUCUAAGUGAACUCUAAUUUGUCACUCACAUAAAAAUAUCAUCUUGAUCAUUAUGUUCCUUUUAUCAUAUUCAGUUUGAGUCUCCACAGGCGUAAGAGCCGGCAGAGGGGUUGUUAGAGGGUGGAAAUAGUAUAAGGAGAUAUCAGAUUUUCUGCAAAAUCUUUUAAAUUUAUACAAAGACAUUCAAGUUUGUAAAAGUAAUUUUGAAAAAAAUGAGUGAAGGAAACUCUUCUCAUUUUAUUACACGACAUAUGACAAAACAUAUAUACCGGAAAGAAAUCCAACUCAUGAUCGAACAAUGACUUCCAAAAAGGAGAAGUGGACAAAAUACCGGAAAUAUAGUGUAGCUCCUUUAAAUGCUGGUCACAUUUCACAUUGAAUUUUACAGAUUUGAAAGUCUUCAUUUUAAAUGGGACAGUUGAUAGACCUCAAAAUACGGGUAGUGUUGUAAUUUCGCUAUAUGUUUUGAAUCCUUUACAGCAUAUCCAUCAGCAAUGGGCCGUCAUUAGCACUGGUUGACACAGUUCAAAAGAAACUUAUUACUUUGUUGUCAGCUCAAGACAUGUCUGGUAAGGAAAUCUUCUGAGUCAUAUAAUGUUUACGAUAUUAUUGAGAACACAAAAUGAUUUUCACUUCCUGUAGUAAGAUUUUAUCAGUCUGUGUCUUUUCCCACCCUUUUUUUUGUUUUGUUUGUUUGUUUUUUCAAUAUUUUUGUCUGUUUGUUGAAAAAAGCUACGAGCUUGUAUGCGCUGAGAGGAGGCCGCGUGCCGAGCGCUUGGUCCUUCGCUAUUGUUCUGCGUUCGAGAGUUAAGUCGUUUCCUCGCAACUGUGCAUCGAGGUCCUUGAAAAUAUUUGGAGCGUCUCAAAAGUCGCUUUUUGAUUCUCGAAACUUGGGCGUCGUAAGUCACGAAUUGAGUGUCGAGAUAAGACUGUCACCUUACCUUUGAUCGGUACUGUAUGUCUUUUUGUAAAAGUUAUUUUAAUUUUUUUUGUUGUUGAGAAAGCUACGAGCUCAUAACUACUGGGAGACCCGUCUACUGCUCAGUACAUGUUAUUUGCCCCUUGCAUUAUAGUUUCCUUCUCAGGCCUGGUUUGGUCGCGUCUUGCAGUGAGGGGAAAAUUGGAUUCAGGUUUGGGAGGACAGUUAAAUGCUGCUUUGGUUUCUCUUAACACUACCAAUGGCAAUAUUCCUCAGCCUGACAUGCUACAUGGGCCAAUGAGCAUUUAUUUAUACUCAUUUUUUUUUCUUUUUCAGCUGUGACAGAAUCGCCAUCGUCAUCUGCUAAUUCUGUUACAACUCCUGUGACAACUGGCACCCCUAUAACAUUUACCAUGAACACUGAUGGUUCAGGGGGGGAAUUCCACGUAGAUCUUAGUUCAAAAUCAGAGAGAAGGAAGAGCCGUCCUCCUCGCCCACCUCCCCUGGCGAGGCGGCUAAGCAAGCCUGGUGGUGACGGACAGGGCGAAAGUGAUGCUAUCGAUGGGAUUCGACAAAGAUCAAGUAGUGUUGCGAACAUGGAUAGUGGCCCCCCUGACAGCAUCAGCUGUGUGCGCUUUGCUUGCACUUUUACCAGAAAGAAUGGUAAGUAGAAAACUAAACGAACAAGGUUCUCAAACAAAAAUACGACUGAGUGGAGGUUAAUUGAGUCUUCUUUAGAGCCAUUCCUUGGGUCAUUUUGUGGUAAACUGCGGAUGCCUAGCCAGAAAUUCUUGACGCCUACCGUCCCUUCUUAGUACUUUGAGAUAUAUGCAUGGUUCAUUUUUGACGAAACAUAUUCCUGCUCCACGUUGAUAUACAGAACAAUGGAGUAUAUGUUCGCAAGCGUCAUAAAUCUUUGGGUCCGACUCAAAGUCAUUUUAGGCGGAACUGCUGACCGAGGGUUAAAAUGAUCUCCGGGUCGGGCCCCAGAAAAUAUAUGUGCUCAAGAACACAAACUGCGUUAUCCCUUCGUCAGAGCGAUUGACGUUUCGAGCAUUAGCUCAUCAGCCUGAGUAUUAGCUGACGUUUCGAGCAUUAGCCCUACGUCAAUCGCUCUGACGAAGGGCUAAUGCCCGAAACGUCAUUUUUUUUACUCUUUACGGUGGGCAAUUUACGUUUUCAACCCAGUUGUUAACACUAAAUUACCUGUUAUACUCUCCCACCGACGCAGCACCACAGUUUCUUUAGAAACUUACCCCCUUUAUUCGUUUAAAAUAAUAGUUGACUUAGCCUUUUUUGCCUCGAUCGUGUCUUCGAAACUGAGAGAAAACUUUCGCUUACAGCGAGGCAACAAGAACCAGUUAUAAUGAAGGGUGCUGUAUUUUCGGCCUUUUUAAAUACGUUAAUAAUCUUUUUUGUUUUUGUAGACAAUUUGAUUAGCCCCUGUUUGUGGGUUGGAACAGCCCUCGGAAAUGUUUUUGUUGUUGUUUUGAACUUGCCCGUUGGAGAUCAGAGAGAGUCACAGCCGGUAUUAACAAUUACAACAGGUAACAGAAUAUUCUGUACUGAAAUGAAAGCCUAAAGGGAUGCACUCGUACGUGGCCCAUACGUUGGCAAUCAGGCGUCAUUGCCAUUUCAGAUUCCAUGUUGAAGUGUGUCUGUUCAGUAACAGGUCACAAAUGACGUUACACUGCGGUAAGAACAAUGGUGACCUCAUCUGUGCGUCAGUUCUCCAAUAGAUCAUUCUUAAGAACCAAGGCGUGUACCAAUCAGCUAAUCAUUUCAUUGAGAUUGCGAUGAGAUUACAAUACGCAUGCGUACUCUUUAUUGACCAUUCCCCAUUCUUCUGCAGGAACGUUAUGUCAGCCUAAAGCUGGUAUGAUCCUGAGCAUAGAUAUACUGGAUGGCCAAGGACAUCUCUUUCCAUCACCAUUUCAUUUCUGGAAGGAAAACGAUUCACACCAUAAUAAGAGUUAGAGUUGGAAUUAUUCUGCUUUUUACUUCUGUAAACCGUGACGUUCUGACAAGCUCCUUAUCUAGUGCUUCAGAUUUUCUAAUAAGCUUUUCUCUAGCGUACUCCCGCAAACAAAUACUACAAAUUUGAAAACAUAAGGAAAAUGAAAUGCUGCAAUAUGCCCCACAACUUAUUAUACAUUCCGGAUGUUAUUCAAUUGGGCUUAUUAGUUUAUUCGUGAAAGAGAUUUUUAAAAGCCAGCUUUAGCGUUCGUAGAGAAACAUUUUAUCCUUAUUCAUACAGUAGUUAUAGUGCGUUCCACUUCGCUGUAAUUGUGUCGUUGCAGUGCAUCGUGGCUACUUUUGAGUGUGGAAAAUGGAAGGAAUGUAUCAAUGUUUUGGGAACACACUAUCUUGAAAGUUUUAUCUUUAGUAUAGAAAGGUGUAUGAAGCCUGAACUUAAAAAGUUACCGUAAUUACUCUUUUUUACCACUAGGAAACUCUCUGUUAACAAGAGAAGUUUUCGAUAGGCAUUUUGUUGCUAUCUGCACAGAAAGAGAAGCCAAGGUUAGUACUGAUAUAUUAAAAAAAAAAGUCAACAGCUCAGUAGAGACUCUUUCGCUUGAAUUUUUCUUUUUUUUUUUGUGUGUAAUAUUGCAGCAGUUGCCACCAUAGAUUAUUCAGGGAAUGUCAUGUUUCUUUUAAUGUUAGCAAAGAUGAUUCAAUGUGGGCUCAUAUGAAUAUUGGCGCAAUGAUAAGCGAAGCGACGAGGGCAAUUUGGAAAAUUUUGAAAACUCAAGUGCAAUUAAUCCUUAAUAGUACGAGGUCUCGUGGGAUUACUUGUUUAUCAAUAAAGGGUAAAAUUUAUACGAAGGAAAAUCACGCGCGCAGUCUAUUUUUAUCUGGGAAGCCUGUUUAGCGCUACGGCAAAUCAUCAAUCAAAUUGAACUGACCAAUCGAUUCAAUGAAAUUUUAUUCUCCAAAACUGUGUCGUGAUACACUGCCAAAAGUCUAGAAAACAAAGCUCAUUUCAACAGAGCGUUUCUGCCAACAGAAAAACAACAAAGUGCUUUUAACUGAACAAGGUAAUCAUGCCCUCUCUUGAUUACUAAAAAUGCCCUCGAUUAAGAAAAAAUGCCCUCUCUCUCAACCAAUCAGCGCUCAGUAAUUUUGCCCUUUAUUGAUAACGAUAUUAAUCAUAACGAUUGCAAUUUUUCCAAAUAUGAUUGUGGCAUUAACUGCUAUAUUUUUCACAUAUUAUUCUGCAGAGUUGUAAUCGGACAGUGUAAUCGGACCGUGGGCUGUAAUCGGAUAGUCAAAGCAGCCAAUCGUACUAAGUCCUCUGAGCUAAAUUCACCAAUCACAAAAUUGAUUACAACAGCCGUAGCAAAAGCCACUUACGCUACAGUUGCAAUUGAUAUUUCGUGAAAAGUUUGCUGUGUUGCUGCAGACGUUUUGGGAAGUGAAGCUUGAUUCUGACUCAAGCAAUGCCUGCUGCUUUAAAAACGUUUUAAGAAAGCUUUGUCUCAGGAGUGCUAAACUGGGCCCUGCUUAUUGCAACUCAGUUGUGGCGCAUCAAAAGGGCGAGACAGUGGGCAGGAGAAUCGGCUAGAAGAAACAAUUUUACCUAGUUUUCCGCUUGUAGAUACUUCACUGAGCAGUUAAUGUCACACAAUUUUCCCUAGUGGCCUGCGUAGAAGUUUUUAGGGACCCAUAUUCGUAACGUCUCCGAAGGAGGAAACCAAGCCACACUAUCUUAGGAUUAGUUGUUGGCAGUAGGAAAUAUUUUCUUGUGACUUAUCCUUUGUUUAAUCUUCAGGUUUACUCUUUACCCACGUCACAUACGAAUCCAAAAAGUUUCUCUGAGGCAAAUCUAGUCGAGGACGUGGCAGUGUUGCUCAAAGCAGCGGCUGUUGUUGUUCAAGGUAACUGAGAGUUUUGUUCAAAGUUGUUUUACCUUUAUACUAAUCAGUUUAUUCAAUCUCGUGACUUUCUGAUGUAGUUACACUGGCGCUUUGAAGCUUUUUUGCAGAGAAGCAAUAGAACCCUGGAUACCUUUCUGUAAUCUUGAAUACAAGACAGUGGUUACAAGGCCUUUGCUGCCGCGAAAAGGAACUUUUCUUUCCCCUCCAAAUUCACCUCAUUUCAUCUCUGCAUAUUUCAACUUUUUAUGGUUCCACGUAGACUUGUCUCAAUGUAUUUUAGGCUAUUUAGGCUUGACGUCUUCGCUCCCUACUUUUUUCUUUUUUUUAUUGAAGGCAGCAGCUGCUUAUUGUGUCUAAACAGUCUUGGAAAGCUGCUUGCUCUGAGUCUGCCCAACCUGUCACCGCUUAUGGACGUGGAGUGUUCGUUUCUUAUGAAAGAUUACAGGUAGGCCUGGUGCUGUAAGUCUGCGCGCGUGCGUGCGUGGAUGCAUGCAUAUGUAUAAACGAGCGUGCUACCUCAUGUAGUACGGCAAGUCAGGCCUGGCGUUCAGAACCCCUUUGCGUAUUUACGAGAGUGAGAUAGAACAUCCAUGUUACACUAUGAUGGACUACAAAUGGGUAUGGUGCUAGGAACUCAUUUAACGGCGCAUCGCGAGUAGGAGUUAAGGUGUGCGCUUGUGGGCAAUUUUUGUAGCAUGUCAAGCUACAAAACUCUUCGCUGGCUAGCAAGUUUUUCUGUAGUAAACCAUAGAAUGUACCAUAGAAUGUACCAUUGAAUGUUCUUAUAAUAUUUUGAAUACAAUGAGCUUACACUUGUUUAAUUUUGUUUUAAGAUUUCUUAGGACGCUUGUGUUCUCUGAGGACGCACAAGCAGUAAUUUUGUGCUCCCCGUUCGAAAUUCAAAGGCUCUCGAUGUUUGCCAGACCAGGGUGAGUGUAAAGGUUUGAACAGAUCAGCCUGAUUGUAACCUGAGUGCUGGGUUAGGCUCAUCGAUGCACCUAAGUGUCUCCCCUUGGUUCUCGUGGUCCGUGAACAGGAGUUGCGGCAGCUGCUAGUUUAGAACCAUUCUACACUUGGAUGUGGGAGCUAUAUCAUUUUGAUAUUCUUCUUCCUUGUUUGUUUGGGGGAAAAAACGAUCACAACGAAUGGCAACGGGUUAUGCAGCCAAUUGACGUAGCCAAGGGUCUGAUAAUUGCUAGCUCUACUUAAGCUUCUUGAUUUAAAAUUUGGUUUAAUACAAUGAGAAAAUCGCAUAACCGCAGAUGAAAGUGAGAAGGAAAACAGGAGUCUGGUGAUAUUGUAACUGGAGGCUAAUUACUGAUCAAUUGUGGGAGUGUGAAUGGGCUUCCUGUGCAGCUAGUGUAGUAAUCAUUUUGUGUCUUUUCCAGUAUGCUAACAGAAAAUCAGGGUUCAUUGUUCCGUGCCAUGGAGACACCCGAACCCCCCAGUAAAGGUUUCUUCAGCAGCUUAUUCAGCACUGCUGUCUCACCUCUUGAUAGAGAACAGCUCUGUAAGUAUUUCACAUCCACGACAUUCAAGGUGGUUGAAUGUUAAGGGAUGUAAAAUUCAUUGGUCAUAAGCGUGAGACGAAGAAAACAUUUUUGUUUCUCUAAUGGCACCUAUUAACUCAAUAGUACGAAUUGGUUACUUUACUACUAGAUAUCGGUAGCCUUAUGGGCAAUAUCAUGCACUUAUUGCAUGAGUGGGCAUACGGGAAAUAUUUAGCUCGAGAUCAUGACGUACAUUAUGUCUUUAAACUCUCUAAUUUCCAUAUGUGAAGUGUUGAUUCUAUGGACGAGUAAUGGAGAGAGAGAGCUAACUUUUAUUUCUCGUCAGUUGGGACAGCCAGCGGGAGUGCGUCUCGCAGUUUGACCAAUCGCUUCCAUGGGCCAGGAAUGGAAAAACUGCAGGAAACGUCUAGUGGAUUGGCUGGUGUUCUUGCUAAAAACAAACAGGUUUGUAAGAGAUAGGGAGGUAAUACUGGAUCAGUAGUUGUAGCAUGGAAUUUAUUUGGGAAAGAAGUAACUUACCACUUGAAAUAAGAAUAGGCACAGAGAAGGUAGGGUGUAUUCUUCUACCGCUUCUUAGUGAUAUUAGAAGCUGAACGUUUCGAGGAAGGAACCAAGAGAUCCUGUGGAAAGAUCGUGGUAGAUAGGAUGAGAUCCGAUUGUAAGGCUACCCCCUAAUGACUACAUGUUAGGAAAUCGAAUUCCACGCGACACUGAUAAGAGGCGAAAGCUCUCGCCCCCUCCCCUCUCUUAAGCUGACUCUUUCUCCCUUGACCCUUUUAAUACCUUCCGUUUUCCAGGCUCUUACAGAGAGGGGUGAGAAGCUUUCUGAUCUCGAGAUGAAGACUGCAGAGAUGAAUGUGCGAGCUAAGGCCUUCGCGGACGCUGCUCACCAACUGUCACUCAAAUAUAAGGACAAGAAAUGGUAUCAAGUCUAAGAAUGCCCUCGCGUGUUUUUCACGCGCUCGUCCGUGUUCGUCACGUGGCUACAUAGCAGUGAUGCUGACCUUUGGAUGACAUUAGAAAUUAUUUCCCUGCGCAUGUUGGAGGCAUAAAUGUUGAUAGAUGAUUGCAUGAAUACAAAGAAAUCGAAUUCUUUGCGGCGCCUGGAGAGUUCGAUCGAAAUAGAAUUUACACAAGUGCGUAAAUAAUUGUUAACCUCUUUCGAGUUAUCGGGCAAGGAGAGAAGCAGAAGACUCGCUUUAGAAAUAUUCAAACCAUUAAGAAAAUUAUUUAAAUGAAUAAUUAAUCGUGUAUUUUUGUAGUGUUUAAAGAUAUAAAAGGGUUGUAAGCAUUUUCAUCAGUUUCUAGUCAACAGAGUAAACUUCUUGGGGCAUCGUCCGAAUUUUGUCAUUGGUAUGAAAAACUGAGAAUAGGUGUUGAAAUAGAGUACCAGAUAUUCAAAAUUACAAGUAAACAAAGAUUAGCGCAAGAAAUUCUCGUUUUUGCCACAUUAUUGGUGGAAUGUCUUCCCCAGUUGUAAGCCAUUUGUCUGUGACAGUUUUUGCAAUCUACGUUACUUGGCAUCACAGUUUCAACGCCAGUUUCGAGCAGUUUUUAUUUUAGUGGUCAAUGUUCGAUAUGUAAGAAGACUGUUCUGUAAGAACUUGAAUUCAUUUGUAGAAACUGCCUGUAAUUGAUUUUGUGUUUUGCAAGCAUACGUUCCUGGAUUGAGGCUUGAAAUACUUUCUAGAAAGUCCUGCGAAAAAAAUCCCUUCUUAUCUGCUUUCUUGAGGCGUGAUAAAGAAUUUCGAUGCAUAAGAUAGAUUAUUUCCCACCCGUUACCGAACUAAUCAUCGGGCUUCUUUCGACUCCCAUUGAUAGAAGACAGAAGAUUAAAGAAACAGGCUUAGAAGUUCCUGGACAAACAGCUCCUAAUCGGAUAUUUCUUCAGUUUGCAUUUAACGUUGGGAAAUAUGAAAUAUCAGCUUUGUUAAAAAUCAGUUACAUGACUGUGUACCAUGCUCUUGGUGUACGAUCUGUAAUAUUGGUUUUCAGUCCCAGAGACGUUUUCUAGAAAGGCGUGUAACACCCUCAACGCACAAAUAACAAGUAGUCGUUAAAUUUAUAGAUUGGGGUAAUAUUUGUUUACCUAUUGCUGCACGUCGCUUCAUCGUAUCAAAAUUUUCAGGUAUG